AUGAAGGCAUUAAAUUAUUUAUAAGAAAAAGCAGAAUAAGAGGACACUGGCUUUAUUCCAUUUAAAAAUGAAAGAGAUGAAUUAGGAAAUCUUAAAGGCUUGACAAAGAGAAGUAUUUCAAGAACGAAUAAUAAAAAAAGUGAACACAUCUUUGAUAGGACAACAUCAAAUACUUCUAAAACAUCUUAAAGGUAGAAAUUAAAUAAAAAAUUAUAAUAGAAAUAAAAAAGUAAGAUUUCUAAAAGAAAUUUAUUCAGCACAUGGAAAUUCUGAUUGGUGCAGUUUAACAAAUUUACGUAAGCUAGAUAAAAGAUUCUAAUUGAAUAUUGAUACAGAGUUCUAAGUUCAAAAACCACUUACAGGUUUGAAUCAAAAGUUAUAAUUUAAUGAAGGGAUUAUUAGAAAAUUUACUACAAACAUCUGUAAUUCACCUAGACUUGGUAAAAAAUAAAAAACUGAAAAUUCUAUUCCUCCUUUGGGUUAUUAUUAACCAUAAGAAAUUUUUAAAAAGUAACCUAUGCUCGUAUUCAUGGAUUAAUAAAUUUCAAUUAACAAUAGAUUAUCCUAACAUAAAUUCAGUAGAACUGAAGCAUCUACUGCUUAACCUGGCCUUAGGUAAAAAUAUUCACCAAAUAAACAUUCUCCAGUUCCCUAAGAAAUAUUACAGAAAGCUUUUAAGACAGAGAGAAUCAUAACUUAAGAAAAAUACAAAUAUAUUCCUUAAAUGGUUGAUGAAAAAAAUCUCGAUAAUAUAACAGCUAGAAUUAAUUUUAUUAGAUAAAAAAUCUAGCAUUCAAAAAUCAACAGUAUAUCGAAUUAAUGA